CAGAAAGUAGCCAAAAAUCAUUGAUCAAUUUCAUAAGAUCAAGUUCUGACUCAUGAUCGAAAUUUUUUAGAUACAUUGAUGAAAAUUUUUGUGGUAAUUUGAUAUUGAUGUUUUGCACCUCUGAAUCAUUUCACUGACCUAAUUGAUAAUAACCGUAUUACAGUUUGUGAGCCUCAACCAAUGGGAAGAGAGAUUUUACCUAGUUGACCAAUCCAAAGUACGGGUAUUAAAGCACCUUCAAAUGUUAGCACAAAACUUUCAGGUUAUCUGAUUGAUUAUAAAGCCAAAUGAAAUGAAUCUAGAGAAUGGGAUUUUUAACAGUUCACAAAUAAGUAUUAAUGACAACCUUGAAUGUAAACCAACCUUACAAAAUAAUCUUGAGCUGAAAGUUACUUCUCAGUCUCAAAUGACAUUAAAUACGACAUCACUCUAUAUCAAUGUAAAUGAAGACACAACAGAUAUGCCAAUGAACUUUAAUUUAAAUCAGACUGAGUGUAUUUGUCAAGUACUCUAUAAUAACCAGGAAACUGAUCGGUUGAAGACAUUUCUGUCGAAAAUAUCAACGACUACAAUGUAUCAUAACAAUGAAGUCAUAGUGAAAUGCAGAGCACUAGUUUUAUUUGUCAAUAAAGAAUUUACCGAAUUAUUCAAAAUUUUAAAUAAUUUUCCAUUUAGUGUUUAUAAUCAUAAUGAAAUGCAAAAUUUAUGGUAUCAAGCUCAAUAUGCACAAAUAGAGUUAUCACGUGGUCAUCAGUUGAACGCUGUAGCCAAAUAUCGUAUACGUAAGAAAUUCCCACCACCGAACACAAUAUGGGAUGGAGAUGAGGUGACGUAUUAUUUUAAAGAUAAAUCAAGAAAUUAUUUAGCUGAACAGUUUGCGCACAAUCCAUAUCCGUCUAUUGUGGAAAAACAUUUCAUGGCUAAGAACAGUGGUCUUACUAUAACACAAGUAUCAAAUUGGUUUAAGAAUAGAAGACAACGUGAUAAAACUCUUAAUAACUUUAAAAGUAGAUGUAUAACCCAGAAUGGAUUGAGUUACCUUCAACCAACUGAUUUCGAGGUGUCGACAGAGUUCCAUGAACACUUUGAACAAAAUACUGAUACCCCACUGUAUGAUGCAAAAUUUCUUGAGACAGCUUGUUCCGAUUCCAGCACAUUGUAUUUUGAUUAUGAAAGGGAACCUCAAGAUCGUGAUUUCAGCUUCCAUUGCCAUCAAUCUGGAAAUUAUUCUUCUUCAUUUUCUCACCUAAACUCUUCAGAUGAAGAUUUUUCUGUUACAAGUACAAAAUACAACUAGUUUGACUCAGAUUUAUCUAAAUAAAAAAGUUACACAAAAAUUUUAAUCGAUGAUCCCAUGUAUACGGGGAAUUUCC